UGAGCACGGGCACCAGACGCGGAGACCUUCUCCUGGGCUUCUGCACCAUGUCGCCCCUGAAGACGCUGCUGCUGGCCGCCCUCCUCCUCGGAGCUUCUCUGCAGCACAUCCAUGCAGCUCGAGCCACCAACGUGGGCCGGGAGUGCUGCCUGGAGUACUUCAAGGGGGCCAUUCCUGUCAGAAAGCUGGUGACCUGGUACAGAACCUCAGCCGAGUGUCCCAGGGACGCCAUUGUGCUUGUAACCGCCCAGGGGAGGUUCAUCUGUUCAGACCCCAAGGACAGGCACGUGAAGAAGGCCAUUAGACACUUGCAGAGCUUUGUGAAGUCACCUGGUCCCAUCACCCAGACGUCCUGAUUUCCUCUGGACUAUUUGGAGAUUUCCAGCAUCAGGAUUCACCACUCCAACCUGGAGCCCCUGGGGUCCCGUGUAGGCCUCACAAGGACAAAGGGGAGGCAGUGAGGAGACCCUGGCCCCUUGGCUGAACUGAAGUCCUGGGUGUGAAAGCCCUAAUUAAAGU